GCGCGGAGGUUCCGGAUUGCGCGGGGAACUCCAAGGCCCAGGGCGCCUUGCGCGUGGGAGUCACGUGGCCGCAGGCCUGGCCCCGCCCAGUUCCCCCGAUGGAUCAUGGCCGUUCUGGGCCCGGGGCAGCGCUGGGCCGAAGGGCUGGAGGUGAGAACAGCCAGUUUCACAGUAUUCCUCUGCAUACCAGUUCCUGGGGGUCAGGUUCAUAAGUAUGGCACACAGCAGCAUUAAUUGAUGAGCUCAGAAGAAAUCCAUGUCCAUCGGAGGAAGUGCGAGACAAUUUUGACUACUGUGGCUGUAGUGAUUGCAUGAGAAUGAAGAAGGAGCAUGUGCCCGACAGUGGAAGGACUCAGUCAGUGCCUGGGGAAGGGAGCAGCACUUACACAAAGGAGCAAUUACUUGGGGUGCAAAGAAUCAAGAACAGUAAGAAUUACUAUGAGAUUCUAGGCGUUGAGAGAGAGGCAAGUGAGGAAGAGCUGAAGAGAGCUUACCGAAAACUUGCCCUGAAAUUUCACCCAGACAAGAAUUGUGCUCCAGGAGCAACAGAUGCAUUUAAAGCGAUAGGAACAGCUUUUGCAGUUUUGAGCAAUCCUGAAAAGAGAUUACAGUAUGAUCAAUAUGGAGAUGAAGAAGAACCUUACACAAAUCUGCCCAGGCAUUACAACUAUUACAGAGAGUUUGAAGCAGACAUCACACCGGAAGAAAUAUUUAAUAUGUUUUUUGGAGGGAACUUUCCAACAGGGAAUAUACACAUGUUUUCACAUUCAACCAUGGAUCCUCCAUGUUAUCAGCAGCGAAACAGACAUGAAAGGACUUGGACACAAGAGGAAGAGGAAGAAGACACCAGACCACAGAAUAGCUACUCAGCAUUUAUUCAGUUACUACCAGUAUUUAUUAUAAUAGUAGUGUCAGUAGUGACUCAGUUGAUGGCUACUAAUCCACCCUACAGCCUCUUCUUCAAAUCGAAUCUAGGGCACACUAUUCUUAGGGAAACUCAGAACCUGCAGGUGCCUUACUAUGUUGAUAAAAACUUUGAACAUAAUUAUAAUGGUGAAGAACUUGAAGAGCUUGAAAGACAAAUUGAAAAAGAAUAUAUUGACCAUAUUCAGACGAGCUGCAGGAAAGAAAAACAACAAAAAACCGAGUUAACACAUUUGGCAAAGCUGUACCGAGAUGAACGUCUGAAACAGAAAGCAGAAUCUCUCACACUUGAAAGCUGCGAAAAGCUCUCCAAUAUCAUAAUACUACAAAGAAGUCGCUAACACAGAGCCUCAAAGGGGGAAAAAACAAGCAGUACCGACAAGUCCUGUGUGCUGUCAGAAUUUCAGCUUGCCUCUGUUUUCCUUUUAUAAUCUAAAGAACAUAAUAUAUAGACUUAGUACCGUAUCAUGUACAGAGAGCUGUAUGAACUGAGCCAGUAAGACCACACAUGCUGUAAUGUAUUCGGUACAUUUGGUUCCAGGACCUGGUAGUAGUUAAAUGUUAGUGAUUCUUUGGAGACUUAAUUACAUUUGGCAAAUUUUGUCAUUUGAUAGCUUGCUGCCAUACAAGUGCCAAGCACAUGAAUCCCAGACUCACAACACUCAUACUCGGUUCUUGCCAUGAAGACAGGUUCCUCUCAGUUCGAAAUCCAUGUCAGCAUUUUAUGUUGUCAUUUUCAUAUUGAUCCAAAACUGUUCAUAUGACCUGUUGAUACAUUUAGAUAGGAGGGACAAGAUUUAUUCCACAUUCAGUUCGUACACCAAUGUUUUGCUUUAGCAGAGCUUGCAAAAAAAGGAGCCUCAAAUGGUGGAUAUUACUGUCUCUAUAUAUUUAUUCAUUUGCUUGAUUGCUUAUUUAUUUAUUUAUGUAUUUAUUUAUUUAUGUAUUUAUUUAUUUAGCAUUCCCAAAGUACUUGAGGUUGUUCUCAGCGUGGUCUGGAGAAGUAAAGAUUCUACUCUUUGUUCAUAGAUUAAAACAUUUGAUAAAAAAGAAAAAUGAGGAGGGGAUUAGCAAACAAGCAUUAGAAGAGUAGUGUUCCCUGGUUAAAGGGCUGGUCUCCUUUUUGCCAGAUCCUCACAGAUAUUAUUACUAUUAUUAUUAUUAUUCUCUGCUUUUUCACUAUUAGAAGAUACUUCAAAGAGAUGUAGCUCUUGUUUUUACAUGUAUCUUGGUAGUUGUUGAGCCAGAAUGAUGUGGUGGUGAAUGGAUAUUGUCUAUACAUUGGGAGAGCUCUGUCUCCCUGCAGGUAGAAAGCAAUCACACCUAUUUACCUUCAUGGGCUUGCUAUUGGUAGCCUUUAUUGUUUUCUUCCUAAAUCAAUUUUCUAAUGGGAGUUCAUCAUCAUGGCUUAAUCAAGACACCCAUUUUUUGAACAAUAUACUUUAAAACAUUUUUCUUUAUACUUACAGUUCACUUGGUUUACCUUGUUCUUGCACAGAGACCAGUCAAACCAAAUAUUCCCAGGUAUAAGAGUCUGAAAACAUUCUUCACUUCUCUCUAAGCCAGUAGUUCUUCUAUGGGGUUUUCUUAACACUACCAUUUGGAGAAAGUUAGAAAUGGCCACUGCUUUAUAAAUGACACUUUAUGAACUGCCAUGUUGCUAAUUUUAGAGAAAGUAGCAUCCUGAACUUUUAUAGAUAAAAUUGUGUAAUUAUUUUCUGCUCUCCCAAUUAGGCUAUAAGCAAGCCUAUUGCAGGGUUUGUAGCAUAAAUUAAAUAAUUAAGUUUCUCCUUUCUAAAAUAAUUUAUUCUUAGAUGUACUGUGCAUGUAAUUGAAAAUGUCCCUUUACUUUUUUAAAACUUAUUUUAUAUCCAUCGCCAGUUUGAGAUUCUUUAUUUAUUUCAGAUGCUUCCUAAGAUUUAUCUGCCCUGAAUGUAAAUAUACAUUGGCAAUAUGGUCAUUGUAUCGUUGCAUUGUACAGUACAAUGUUCAGAAAUCAUUUAGGUGUGUGUUGUUGCACCAGAUGACUAGUAAAUAAGAUGUUUUCCUUAUAUAAUGUAAAAUUCUGGAAAUAUCUUGAGGCAAUGGGUAGAUUUGAAGUGACCCAUUCUGUUACUUUGGCCUAAGUACUAAUGGGUUUUUUAGUACUAAUGCAGUUUUUGAAGAUUCCUUAAAGUGGAAAACAAAUUUGUGUGUGUGCUGUUGUGCAUUUUUUU